AUGGCAGUUGAUGAGGAUAGAGCUCAGUGGGAGAAGAAUCUCAGAUUCUCCACUCAAAGAGUCGACGCAGAAGACGGACACCGCCACGACUUUACUAUCAUGUGUAACGGCAAACGCUUCGUCGUUACAGUGUGUCCUACCCCCAACCCGAAGGACACUAUAACAAUGCUGUUAUCUCAGUACAAUAAAGCAUUUUUGGAGGACGACGACGACGAAAAUCUACAGAAGGCCCAAGAUGAAAUUGAGGAUAUAAUCUAUGAAGCCGGAUGGCGUAAGUUUGCUUCCUUGGCGCCUGGAAUUGAAAAGGGAUCUUCAAACCCACCUAUCUCUCUACACUCUGCUAUUAAUCCAGAAACCUUCUAUUUUCGUCUGAUCUUACAUAAAGGAAAUGCGGACGUAAUACAGGAAUAUCCCUUACGAUUAAAACAUGUACCUUCCUAUCUCACCAUCAACGUUGUAUCGAAUUUGCCUAGAUAUUCAGCACGGGAGAUUAUAUUCACCAAAAAACUCAUGGGUACUGGGUAUAUCGCGAAAGUCUCUAUCAACGGUCAGGAUAUGUGCUGCAAGAUGCUGGUGCCUACUCAUAGCAAGGCGGUGCAGCGUGAAUACAGAUGUCUGAAGAAGAUUGCGGAAUCUAAAUACGCCUCUUCCAUCAAGGCUCCUAAAUUGAUUGGUUUUGUUGUCGAUAGAAGUGAUAAUGAGGGAGUUAUUGGAAUUUUGGAAGAGUACAUUCCGCAUACAAUGAAUCUGGGUGGGUCUCAGCGGGAUAUCAAAGCCGUUGCUAAAGAUCGGAGGAGGAAGUGGGCGGCACAGAUUAGGCGUAACAUUAAGUUGCUGCAUGAGAUUGGUGUAGUGUGGGGUGAUGGGAAGCCAGAGAAUGUUCUUAUUAAUCAUGAGACGGACGAUUGCUGUUUGGUUGAUUUUGGGGGUAGUUGGACAGAUGGAUGGCUUGAUGCUCAGUUGAUGGAGACGAAGGCUGGUGAUAAACAGGCUCUGAUAAAGAUUUUUGAUUUCUUAGGUGUUUAA